GAAGCCCUCCUUCUCCAAUGCCUCAUCCCAUCGCCUGUUCGGGUAGCAACCAUUCCAAAGGAGAGAGAGAGGGGAAGAGGGAAACAAUCACAACUCAAUCUGGCAAGCUAAACCCUAAUUGUUUAGCAUUCCUCCCACUGUUUCUCUCUUUCUUGCCAUCGCCAUAUCUCGUCCUGUCAUUUGGAUCCAUCGGAGAUUGCUCUAGCUCUUCCUUUCUCUUCCGGAUCUUAGUUGUGGAUUCUUCCUCAGAAUUUUACAGCCAUGGUGUUUUGGGUUUUUGGCUAUGGUUCACUUGUGUGGAACCCGGGAUUUGAAUAUGAUGAGAAAGUCAUUGGUUUCAUAAAGGGCUACAGACGCGUCUUUGAUCUAGCAUGCAUUGACCACCGAGGUACACCUGAAAACCCCGCAAGGACUUGCACAUUGGAAGAGAAAGAAGGGGCCCUUUGCUGGGGUGCUGCUUAUUGUGUUCGUGGAGGCCCUCAAAAGGAAAAAUUAGCUAUGCAGUAUUUGGAGCGAAGGGAAUGUGAAUAUGAUCAAAAGACUCUCGUAGACUUCUACGAGGAAACUAAUGCACUGCACCCAGCUUUAACUGGAGUGAUCGUAUUCACAUCAACACCAGACAAAUCAAACAAAUAUUACCUGGGACCUGCCCCACUGGGUGACAUGGCAAGGCAAAUAGCAACUGCUUGUGGCCCUUGCGGGAACAACAGGGACUAUAUUUUCCUUCUAGAAAAGGCCAUGCAUGAUAUUGGCCAUGAGGAUGACAUGGUGAUAGAGCUUGCAAAUGAAGUGAGGAAUGUAAUUGAAGAUAUGAAGAGUGUAAUAACCAGGGAAAAGUUGGUUGGGCCGGGACAACUGCCAUACCCUCACGACCCUAUACCUGCCCUUCAAGUGCAGCCACUACCAGAACCGAUUGCCCUCGACUCCUUGUGAUUGCUGAUUCAUUCCCUAGCUUAACUCUACAUAGUAGAGCCCCUAACCAUUGUAUUUUCUUCUACCAACCCUUUCAUUUUAUAACGUAGAGCAGUUCCAGUUCCACUCCAUCCUCGAGUAGCCACAGCCUAAUCAUGCAACUUGAAGCUAUUUAGCUAUAGUGAAUAGCUCCACGUAUAAUCACAUGCCAAAAAUCAACAUGACAUUAGAGCCUAACAGAGAUUCAAGAACGUUGCCAAAAGAAAAGGGCAGUCCAUCAAUUAAGUAGCUUAAACUAUAGCACCAAAUACAAUCAUAUACAGAACUCAACACCCCGGCCCUCCCCUUUUUUUUGUUUUUAUUUUUUAAUUAGUUUCGUUAGCUUAUCCUACUUGCAGCCAUUCUCUCCAAAUAUAUUGCUUAGGUCAGAUUAACCCACCUCCUGGCAGUGGGUGUACUGAUUUGAAGAUGUUCUGCUCAAUCUAUUUAUGAUGCCAUAACUGAAAGAUUAUGGCGGCAUGUGUCAUUCUACAGCAAUAAUAGAACUAGAACUUCUGUUUCGCUUACUAGUCUAUCACCCCGCAUAUCAUUAUAUCAUUAUAUUAUGAAGU